AUGGCUUAAAUUUAUACUAUGUUAGUCGUUUAAGCUACAAACCCUUUAGUAUCCUUAAUUGCUGAAAAUUUUAGUGAAAAAAUUGAAAUUUAGUUAGAAAGUGACAAUUUAAAAUAAGAAAUUCCAUAAUAAGCCGGAAAUGUUGAAGUUUUUAAUUCUAAAAUGAUAAUUUAUGCCCCUGUAGUAUUCCGUGCCAUAUAAAAAUCUGACGGAGAUAUGGCAAAUAUAUAGAAAUCCUUUAAUUUACUUGAAAAUUAUCAAUAAUUAAAUAAAUAAUUUAAAGGAGAUGGUGGAAAAGGUGGUGAAUUUUUUUAUUUUUCAUUCGACAAAGCCAUGAUUAUUAAAACAAUGACUGAAGGCGAAAUCGAUGUUUUUUUAAAGAAUCUUAAAGAGUAUAUCAACCAUUUCGUUUUCAAUGAAGAUUCACUUAUAGUUAAAAUUUAUGGAGUAUACACAUUUAUUAAAAACGAUUAAAAAAACCAUAUUUUGAUUAUUAGAAACGUCACUUAGUGCCCUUCUUCUUAUAUAGAAAGAACUUAUGAUAUAAAAGGGUCUUCUUAUGAUAGAGAAGUACUCUCUUUGGAAAAAAAUAAAGGGAAAUCACCAAAAGAAAUAACUCUUAAAGACCUUGAUUUCAUUAAUUUGGAGAAAAAAGUGCAUAUAAGUACUAAAAUGGCUUAAAGAUGUGCUAAUGCUAUUGAAAAAGAUGCUCUUUUUUUCUAAAGAUAUUUAAAUAUUAUACCUUCGGAAAGAGAACCGGAAUAAUUAAAAAGUGGUCUAAAUAACAUUUUAGUUGCUAUAAGAGUACGUCCAUUGAACUAAAAAGAAUUAGAAAAAAGUGAUUUCGAAGUAGUAAGAAUAUUAGAUUAAAGAUUAGUUGUUUUAAUAGAUCCUGGCUAUGAAUUUAAUUAAAAUGACGUUUUAAGAAAAAAUAGAAAUAAAGAAACUUAAUAUGCGUUUGAUUUUGCCUUCGAUUAAAACGAUGUACAAGAAGAAGUUUUCGAAAAAACAUCUAAUUUUUUACUCGAUGGUGUUCUAGAAGGAUUUAAUGCAACAGUAUUUGCAUAUGGAGCAACUGGAGCGGGAAAAACCUAUACAAUGAUUGGCUAUGGAGAAAAUAUAGGUAUAAUGUAAAGAACAAUGAAUUAAUUAUACAAUUUAAUAUAGAAAUUUUCUGUUACAAAUGAAUAUGUAGUAAAAGUGGGAUAUUUAGAAAUAUACAAUGAGAAUAUAAAAGACUUACUUUCCAGUGAGGAUAAAAAUUUAGAUUUAAGAGAAGAUCCCUCAUAAGGAGUAGUCGUAACCGGAAUAACGGAAGUAUAAUGCGAAACUAGUAAUGAAAUAAUAUAGAUAUUAAAAAUUGGAAAUAAAAAUAGAAGUUAAGACGCUACAGGUGCAAACGAGUAUUCUUCUAGAUCUCAUGCAGUUUUAUAAGUCGAAGUGUAAAUAAAAGAAAAAGGUUAGGGUAUAGAACAAAAAAUACACUACGCAAAAUUAUCAAUGGUAGAUUUAGCAGGAAGUGAACGUGCUGCAAAUACUAAAAAUAGAGGAAUUAGAAUGAUCGAAGGCGCCAAAAUAAAUUAGUCUUUAUUAUGUUUAGGUAAUUGUAUAUAAGCAUUAAGCGAAAUAUAAGAUAAACAUAAAUAAAAUUAAUUUGUUUCCUAUAGAGGGUCUAAACUUACUAGAUUAUUAAAAGAUUCAUUAGGAGGUAAUUGUAGAACUGUUAUGUUGGCUAAUAUUUCUCCUAGUGUGCUUACUUUUGAAGAUACUUAUAAUACUCUUAAUUUUGCUAAUAGAGCGAAAAAUAUCAAAACUAAUGUAAAGAGGAAUAUACUUAAUGUAGAUAAUCAUAUUAGUAAUUAUGCUUAAAUAAUUAAUAAUUUAAGAUAAGAAAAUGAAAACUUAAAAAAAAUGCUUUAAGAAAAAUAAAAUGUAAAUUUGCCUCCUAUAGCUAAUAAUAAUUAAUAAUUUGAAUAAUAAUAAAAUGAUUAUAUGGAUAAAAAUGAAAAAAAUAUAGUAAAACACUUUUAAUUAGAAUAAAAUAUUAUUAAAAAUAGCCAGGAUGUGGAUGCUUAUAUUGAUAAAGUUAAUUCUUAAAUAUAAAAUAUUUUGUAAGAAAACAAUAACUCAGAAUAAGUUAAAGAAAAAAUAGAAAGUCUUAAAAAUAAUUUAGAAAAUCUAUAAAAUCAAAAAGAAGAAUAUACAAAUAAAUACAUUAAUUUGGUUGAUAAAAGAAAUGAUAUUUUAACUUAAAUAAGAUAGGUGAAUCUUACUUAACCUAAUAUUAAUUAUUUAAUGAAUAUUUAUAAAGUCUAGUAAGCAUAAACAGAAAAUUUAGAACUUUAACAAAAAGAAUAUAGAUAAGAAAUGAGUUAGAAAUAAAAAGCUUAAUAAAUAUAAUUUUUAUAAUAGUAAAUAAAAAUAAGAGAAGGAAUUAUAGGAAAAGAAGAGAAGAAAUAAUUAAAAACUUAAAAAAAUAGUAGAGAAACUUUAUAUUAAAAUAAAAUAAAGCUAUAAAAAAUAAAUUCUAAUAGUAAUUUACAUUCUCCAGUUUAUAAUUUUUUUAAUUAAUAAAAUACUCCUAUUUAAUUUAAAAAGCAAUACUUAUCAAAUAAAAAAAGUAGUCCAAUUUUAGACUAAAACUAUUAUAAUAAUAAAAAUAAUAAUAUGAUAAGAAUUUUAAAAGGGAAUAAUAGUAACAGUAAUCAAUUAAAAAGAAAUAUAUCAAAUAUUAAUGUUUUUAAUAAAAACCCUUCAAUAUAUUAAAAAAAGAAAAUUAAAAUAGGAAUUAACUAAAAAAAAUAAAAAAUAAGUGAAAAUAUUUCUUUAAAUAAUACAAGUUUAUCAGAAAAAAUUAAUAAAUCGAAAUCUGCCAUUAAUUUAUCUCGUUAAAAAGCCCAAAACAAUUUAUUAAUUUAAAAAAAAAAAUACAACCUAUUUAGUUUAGUAAGCAUAUAUAGUAUAAUGUUAAUUUAUCGCCUUAUGUAUAGCAAUUUUAAAAAAGAUUUUGAUUGAUCAAAAUUUUAUUUAUAACUAAAUUAUACUAUUA